AUGGCGACCUUCGCACGCCCAGUCUCCUCCAAUAUCGCCGGAGUAGACUUUACCGUUUACUCCGACGAGGAGAUCAAAAAGCUGUCGGUGAAAAGAAUUCAGAAUACUCCGACUUUGGACUCUUUUAACAACCCGGUUCCUGGCGGUCUUUAUGACCCUGCUAUGGGCGCAUGGGGUGACCAUGUCUGUACUACAUGUCGCUUGAACUCUUGGUCUUGCACUGGCCACGCCGGCCACAUUGAACUCCCAGUUCCCGUUUAUAAUGUCACCUUCUUCGAUCACAUCUACCGCUUGAUUCGCGCCCAGUGUGUGUACUGUCAUCGGUUGCAAAUGUCACGCUCACUUGUCAACCUGUAUGUCUGCAAACUGCGCCUCCUCCAAUACGGCUUGACCGGAGAAGUCGCCAAGGUCGAAGAGAUUGGAUCUGCCAAGGGUGCCGCUUCCAAGGCUCAGACACAGAAGGGUGAUGGCUCGGACUCUGAGGAGGAGGACGAUGAGUCCAUCAUGGAAAAGCGCACUGCCUACGUCUCCCGCUGCAUCAAGGAAGCCAAGAAAGACGGACGAUUGGAUGGAUUAAUGACCGGCGCAAAGAACCCCAUCGCUGCUGAGAAUAGGCGAGAGCUUGUGAAGCAAUUCUUGAAGGAUAUUAACGGCAAUAAGAAAUGUCACAACUGCAGUGGUAUCACACCCUCCUACCGAAAGGAUCGCUACAACAAGAUCUUCCGAAAGGGCUUGACCGAAAAGUCGAAGCUGGCUAUGUUACACGGUGGAUUCCAGGCUCCCAACAGCUUGGUCCUUCUUGACCAGGAAAAGAAGUCUGCUUCGAAAGACGGCGGCGAAACCUCCGUGUCCGAGGUUCACGGUGCCGAGGAAGAGAUCCGCCGCGGUGCUGCUGUCACGAAGACGGCGACAGCUGGGGAGUCUGGCCAGGAGUUCGUGACUUCAUCUGAAGCCUACAGUGCUAUGCAACUUCUGUUCCAAAAGGAUAGCGAGGUUCUUCAGCUCGUCUAUAAUUCUCGGCCGGUUCCGAAGGGUGUCAAGGUUGUCUCUGCUGACAUGUUCUUCAUUAAGAGCAUCAUGGUUCCCCCAACAAGUAUCGCCCGGCUGCCCCUCAAGGCCCCGUGCGAUCUCAUUAACCAGAUCUCCAAGGAGAUUCAAAAUGAGGAUGAGAAGGCUCUUUCUCGCGUGCGCAACUACGGCGAUCUUCUCCAAGCUAUCGUUACGCUUCAAGACCAAGUCAACGGUCUCAUUGAUCGAGAGCGUACUUCCGUGACUGGCUCCGCCAUCGCCUCUCUGCCAAACGGUAUCAAGCAAAUUCUGGAAAAGAAGGAGGGUUUGUUCCGAAAGAACAUGAUGGGAAAGCGUGUCAAUUUCGCUGCUCGUUCCGUCAUUUCUCCUGAUCCCAAUCUUGAAACAAAUGAGAUCGGUGUGCCCAUGGUGUUUGCCAAGAAGCUGACAUUCCCUGAGCCUGUUACCAACCACAACUUCUGGGAGAUGAAAGAGGCUGUGAUCAAUGGUCCUGACAAGUACCCCGGUGCUUCCGCGAUUGAGAAUGAAAACGGCCAAGUCGUCAACUUGAAGUUCAAGAGUCUUGACGAGCGUACUGCUCUUGCAAACCAACUGCUUGCCCCGUCGAACUGGCGUCUCAAGGGCUCGCGCAACAAGAAGGUCUACCGCCAUCUUACUAAUGGAGAUAUGGUUUUGCUGAACAGACAGCCGACUCUGCACAAGCCCAGUAUGAUGGGUCACAAGGCUCGUGUUCUCCCUAAUGAACGGACCAUUCGCAUGCACUACGCCAACUGUAACACCUACAAUGCCGAUUUCGACGGUGACGAGAUGAACAUGCACUUUCCCCAAAACGAGCUCGCUCAGGCCGAGGCCAGAACAUUGGCAGACGCCGAUCACCAGUAUCUGGUCGCCACCUCUGGAAAGCCGCUGAGAGGUCUGAUCCAAGAUCAUAUUUCGAUGGCUGUCUGGUUUACGUGCCGUGAUAGUUUCUUCGACAAGGAGGAUUACGACCAAUUGCUCUACAACUGCAUUCGUCCCGAACAUUCCCAUAUCCAAGGCGACCGUAUCCAAACAGUUGAGCCCGCUUUCCUCAAGCCCAAGCCGAUGUGGACUGGCAAGCAGAUCGUCACAACGAUUCUCAAGAAUAUCAAGCCCGCGGAUCGUGCCGGACUUACCCUCAAGGGCAAGUCUUCCACCCCUGGUGAUCGCUGGGGCAAGGACAACGAAGAAGGCACCGUCAUUUUCAAAGACGGAGAAUAUCUCUGCGGUAUUCUUGAUAAGAAGCAACUUGGUCCGACUGCUGGAGGUCUUGUCGACGCUGUUCACGAGAUCUACGGCCACAUUGUUGCUGGAAAGCUGCUCAGUAUUCUUGGACGUCUGCUUACUCGUUUCCUGAACAUGCGUGCGUUCACUUGUGGUAUUGAUGAUCUUCGAUUGACCAAGGAGGGUGAUCGCGCACGCAAGGAGAAGUUGAAGACUGCCCCCGAAAUGGGUCGGGAGGUUGCUCUGAAGUAUGUUACUCUCGACCAGGCGAACGUUCCUGAUGAAGAUGCCGAGUUGAACAGGCGACUGGAGGAUGUUCUCCGCGAUGAUGACAAGCAGGGUGGGCUGGAUAGCGUUUCCAACGCCCGAUCCGCCAAGCUGUCCUCAGAAAUCACCGCGGCCUGUUUGCCGGGCGGUCUUGCCAAGCCUUUCCCCUGGAACCAAAUGCAGUCGAUGACCAUCACCGGAGCUAAGGGUUCGGGCGUUAACGCCAACCUGAUUUCUUGUAACCUGGGUCAACAGGUUUUGGAAGGUCGUCGUGUCCCUGUUAUGAUCAGUGGAAAGACUCUUCCUUCUUUCCGAGCCUUUGAGACUCAUCCCAUGGCUGGUGGUUACGUCUCUGGUCGUUUCUUGACUGGUAUCAAGCCUCAAGAGUACUAUUUCCACGCCAUGGCCGGUCGUGAGGGUCUUAUUGAUACUGCCGUCAAGACUUCCCGUUCCGGUUACCUACAACGUUGCUUGAUUAAGGGUAUGGAGGGCUUGAAGGCUGAGUACGAUUCUUCCGUUCGUGAGGCUUCGGAUGGCUCGAUCGUUCAAUUCCUGUACGGAGAGGAUGGUCUUGAUAUCACGAAGCAAGUCCACCUUAAUGAUUUCGGAUUCCUCGCCCAAAACCAUGUCUCCAUCUCGAAGCAAGUACAGGCCGAUGAUUUCCAUAGCCUUUCCAAGGAAGACGUUACCGCCUACAAGGAUUCGAUCAAGAAGGCCCGCAAGACCGGGAAUCUUGAUUCUAUGGAUCCCAUUCUGUCUCACUAUCACCCCGGUGGUAACUUGGGCAGUACCUCUGAAGCCUUCGCCCAAGCACUCAAGAAGUACACCGAUGAUAAUCCGGACGGCCUCUUCAAGGAUAAGAAGAAGGAUAUUGCGGGUUCCGUUGGAAAGAAGACCUUUGAUGUUCUGAUGAACAUGAAGUACAUGAAGUCCACCAUCGACCCCGGUGAGGCUGUCGGUGUCAUGGCCGGUCAGUCCGUCGGUGAACCCUCGACACAGAUGACCCUGAACACUUUCCAUUUGGCUGGUCACUCCGCAAAGAAUGUCACACUGGGUAUUCCUCGACUGCGUGAAAUUGUCAUGACGGCAAGUGCUAACAUCAUGACCCCCACCAUGACCAUGCUGUUGAACGAGGAGAUCAGCAAGGAAGAUUCGGAGAAGUUUGCCAAGGCCAUAAGUAAGCUCAGCGUCGCCGAGGUCGUUGACAAGGUGCAAGUUAGGGAGCGAAUUGGUUCUGGCGUGGGCUACGCCAAGGCCAAGAUCUAUGACAUUGAGCUCACCUUCUUCCCGGCCGAGGAGUACUGCAAGGAGUAUGCUAUCCGAACCAAGGACGUGCAGAACGGCUUGCAAGCCAAGUUCAUUCCUCGCCUGAUCAAGCUCACCAGGGCUGAGCUGAAGAAGCGUAACGAGGACAAGACUGGUCAGAAGGCUUCCACCUCCCAACCUGAGAUUGGUGUUUCCAUUGGCCGAGUUCCCGAAGGUCCCAGUGGACCGGAUCGCGAGGCUCAACCAGGCGACGACGACGACGAGGAUGAUGAGGAUGAUGCCAAGCGCGCCAGCGGAAACUCGAACAAGAGUAACCAGAUCUCCUAUGAGGCACCCGACGAUGACGAGCAAGACAUCAUGAACCGUCAAGACACCCCCGAUGAAGAUGAAGAGACAGAAAACCAACCCCGCACCGCUGGUGAUGUCGACAUGGAUAGCGACUCCGACGAGGAAUCAGACGACGACAGCAACACGCGCGAGGACGACGUCAAGGGCAAGUUCGUUGAGGUUACCAAGUUCAAGUUCGACCCUAAGAAGGGUGGCUCUUGCACUAUCCAACUGCAAUACGAUAUCGAGACCCCUGAAGCUUCUGCUCCUGCCCCUCGUAGAGCAGGCUUGCCACAACGCCGUGAUCCAGUCUAUUCCCAACCUGGGUAA